CCUGCAUGCGAACGUGAUCACUAGAUAGUGCGCCAGCGUUGAUAAGAGCUGGGCGAAGGGUGCGCCGGGCAGACUUGGCGUUGGCGGCCCACUUGACGGCUCUGCUUCUGAGCGUGAUGCCGCUGGCGGCCGGCGAACGGUUGAGCCAAGUUCUGGCAAUUGUCAAAUACCGCGAUCUUGUGAGCUCUGAGUGGGUGAUAGGCCUGCUGCUCCGUCUUUCAUUGCUUUAAAACGCCAACGCUCCACGACAUGACGAGAGCCCGUAUGAUAGUUCGGAACAGCAGCCUAGUGCCGAUGAGCCCAACGAGACGUGCCCAGAAGAGCUCGCCUCAAUCCGGCACCUCAACGAGGGUGCUGUGGCAGGGCCACCUCGCCACCGAGAUUUCUGGGUGUCAUCUGUUCUUCACGCCGCUUCAACUGUGUGCGUUGCGUAACACCUCCCUUGGAUGACCCCGAUGUCUGUGAUCCCUCGAGACCUGUGUACCACUACAGCAGCAAGAGUGGCAGCAGUGCGUGCAGGUUAAUCCACAGGUGCCACCGAGAUGGGGCGAACUUUAAGACCGAGGAAGAUUGUCGGCAGACAUGCCUGCAUUUUCGACAUUUUUUCGGACGGUGUGGCCAUAUACACUUCCAGCGACGACCCAAGCCUGAAGUGUGUGACGGCUGACCGGACAGAAUACAAGCCGAACAGGAAGGUCGUCUACACUUGGAAUUUGAACAGUGGCGAAGAGUCAAAAAAAGACACGUACGUGGUCGAAUAUCACCCAGGUCCUACACAAGAUACGGUAGUUGCCAUUGCUAACCAUGACAAGAAGCAUCCCACUUCAGUCAAGUUUGACUACACCAAUAAUAAGAACUGCGUCGUUGCCAAUUUCCCAUACAAGGGCGAAGUGUGCAUACUGUGGGUCCCGAAAGCAUACGUGUCAUCAGUUCCACAAGAAUGCGUCGACCAAUUUGAAGACAUAUGCGACGCGGAAGUUCCAGCCUACCAAGAGGGCCUGUGUGACGAUGCUCUCGGUGGUUAAUAAAAUUACACGCACUUC